AUGGAGAGAUCUUUAGCGUCAAGCGUUCUGGAGGUAGUGCCUUACAAGGACGAAUUCAAAAAAGAAGAUGAAAACAGCAAGGGAGGAUUUAGGGCAAUAAAUCCACGUGAAACGACUAUUAAGCCUGAAGACGAAGCUACUGAGCGACCAGUUAAAAGUAAUAGUACUGAACUAAACAACAAUUGCAACUCAACAGAUCUGAAUACCUCCAUUGAAGAAAUUUAUCCUUUACCUGAGAAUAAAGGUAAUGCUAAGAAAAGAAAAUUGUCUCAACCAGCCGUCAUUUUAAGCAGUAGGCCCUAUAAAGAUGAAUUGGAUAGCAAGCGUAAUCAAAGGCAGAACUCAAUUAAAAAAGUAAAGAAAAAUCUCGGGCUUUCUUCUACUUCCCUUUUCGAAGCACGUGACGACCAAUCUUCCACUUCAAAAUCUGAUGUAGUAAAUGCUCAAAUUGAAUAUGAUACUACUGAAUGGUACUGCCAUAUAUGGGAAGAGAACAUUAUUGAGGAUAUGGUUCAAAGUGCUCCCAAUAGAAAAAAGGUAAUUUAA